GUCAAAAAAGUCGCUGGACUCGACUGGACGCAGUGUUUGACCAACAUCAAGGCAAAUGCAAAUGCCACCCAGAAUUUAGCUGGUCUCCUCAGUAGUAAUGGAGAUCCUGUGUCGAAUGUCGCUGAUGCGACAACGAUAAGCUAUUCUCUGUGUACCUCCUCCUGCGAGACCUUGAAGGGAUGGGACUCCGGAAAUUUUGAUGUGUCUAUAUUUGCACAAGAUUUCAGCUCAUGGCUACUGCCAUACCUUGCGCUGAUCUCGCAGCUCCCCUUUGGGGCACAGUAUAGACUUGAUAAUCUCAUGGCUGCUGUAUUAACCGUCGGGUCACCGGCACUAGCUGGUUACUCUCUGUUCAUCACCCUCCUCAAUUCUCGAUGGAUCAACCGCCAAUUUAGUCGAUCCGUGGACUAUUCAAAUUCACGAUCAGCAGUCUCUAUUAUCAGUAGCCUCCAGCAAUCACCACUAAGGCUGCAUUCCGAUCGCGUAUGCUUCGCAUCUCUCGUUGUGCUUCCGGAAAACGACUUGUGGUGGCAAUAUUUCUCUGAAUUGGUGGACUACACUCAUACGUGGUCCAUUGCAUCCGCGACCUCCAUCGCCUGGGUUGUCGUUGCCUAUAUUCUGUCUAUCGUCAACUCACCAUCAGAUUCUUAUGUAAACGCUCAGGCCGGCGCCGAAUCCACCAGUUCAAUGUGGUUGUGGUUGAUUCCAAUAGUCAUGGGAUGGUUGCAACUCUCCCCAAAAUGCGAUUUCAACCGCUUACAAGCAGCUUAUGAUCGUGCCGACCGACACGCGCGCGCAGCAAUGACAGAUAGACCUAUUGCAACACCACCUGCAUUCGCCCAAAGAGCUUUAACAAUAACUGCUCAGGAAGAGGAUGUCAUGUCUCCAGACGAACUCCUCACCCCUCCGGUGUUCAAUUACUCGCGUUCGCUGGAAUGGGCUCAUACAGCAGAAAAUAUUUUCCUGAUGUACAAAGCGGCAUCAGAGAAGGCCCGAGACCGUAUUCCUGUCAUCGUCAAGAGUGGGUGGGUCGAGUCCGACGAUCUUAAAUCUAUCCACCCCCGCAAUCGAUGCGGGUCCCCUCAGGAAAUUGCCGCGUACUGCGUGCAACCCGGCCAUGCCCGGCGAAGCCACUGGGCACCUGGCAUGUUUACAAGAAUGGUUAUCGCGUCAUGUGCUUCGCUUGCAUUACAAUGUGGAACAAUCGGAGGAGCCCUUAUGACCGAGUGGUUUAUUCCAACAAUAGGCUUGGGGUGUCGAUCCCUGAGUUACCUCAUUUACGGAGCCCUAUCGACUGUCAUUUGGAUGAUGCUCCUGACAUCCAGUAUUCUCGCUCACUAUUCCGCAGCCUAUUCUUAUCGAGCAUCGCUGUCUGCGCGUGUUGCUCUGACGUUCUCACACUUGCUGCGAAGGAUGGGAAAACUGUUGGCCAUUGCAAAUUCCCUCUGGGUGGUCUUGACGUGUAUUUUCGCGUAUUCCAACUUCUACGAUACAUGCUUCUGCAAUUCCAAUAUCAUCAGGGGAAAUAUCGAUGCAUACGUUACUAUCAUCGAAACUACAGCACAGGCUACACUGGCCAAGGCGGCCCGGAUCGGCGGCCUCGUCCUAGCGUGUACUUCGGCGUCGACUUUCGUCGCCCUAGUAAGUCUUUUAUUGGAUACUCUUUCGACAUAACCAUGGUUGCGAG